AUGACCAGCAAGACAAAGUCUAACCGCAAGUCCAGCUGGGUGAUGCUCGCUGAGAAUGGCGGCUACACCCCUCUCCCCGGCGAGCAGACGCUGUACCAGUCUCCUCCUCGAACCACGCUCUCAUUGCAGACCAGCCACCGACACCCUCCGAGCGAGUCUUACUCGCAACAAUGCAAGUCGGGCGUCGUUUUCCUCACCAAUCGACGAAUGAUCUAUCUGCCCGUCAACCCAACACCACAAUUGCAAUCCUUCGCCGUUCCCAUUCUCAACGUAACCGACUCGCGUGUAACAGCGCCAUGGUUCGGCGCAAACAAAUGGGAAGCCAUCAUUCAGCCUGUCCAAGGUGGCGGCAUACCUCCACAGCAUUCUGAGCUCGACCUUGUUCUGGAAUUCAAAGAGGGCGGUGCAUUCGAUUUCGCAAGCAUAUUCGAGCGACUGAAGGAACGGUUACGGCAAGCCAUCGAGAUAGCGCGGGAGAGCGGUGGUGAUGUGCAGGAUGGAACCAGAGGUGUUGGUGGUGUGAACAUGAACAACGUGCAUCUCGACGAUCUACCGGCCUACGAAGAGAGCCGACAGCACGCUCGAGUACCUGACCCGCUACCUAGCCCGCCAAUGGACAACUCUGCAGUCGGAAGUAUGAGUGGUGUCGGCAGUUCCGUUGCGGCGCCCGAACCCUCAAGCCCACCAGCAUCGAGCUCGCUGUCGAGCCCACGGACGCAGCAAGAGCACUUUGAACCGCCAUCGGAUCCACCGCCAGGCUACGAGGAAGUACAGAGGAGUAGUAUUGUAGAUGAGCUAGAGAGACAGGUCAGGGACAGUCCGUGGCAGGAUGCUGAUAGUAAGCGAUGA